AUGAAUGAAGUUUUUUCUACGAAUAAUGAAAAAGAUUCCUCGGUCUUCUCUAUUUACUUGAAUUUAUCUCGCCGGUCAGAUGUAAGCACGCAAAAUUAUGAGAUAAUACUUAACAGAUAUGGAAUCUGUUUCGAGUGCGACAGGUUUCGUACAACAUCAGGAUGGUGUCAGAAAUGCCAGAUUGAUGAGUUGAAAAGUAAAUUCUCAAAUUGGACAAGUGGAAAUAAAGACCUCGAUCAUGCAAUUCAGAAUAUUCAAAUAAAUGCAAAGGACUAUUACGAAUCUCUAGAGUGGAUUCCGUAUAAUCAAUUUGAUGUUGUUGAGUACUCAGCACAAGGGGGGUUUAGCACAGUUUAUUGUGGAUAUUGGAUAGAGGGACCUAAGCGAAUUUUGGACGAGGAAAUAGACGACUAUAUAAGAAAUGGGCCUACCAAAGUUGCCAUAAAAAGAAUAGAAGAAUCCAAAAAUCUUUCUAAGCAGUAUUUAGAUAAGCUUCUCAAGUACCACAAGUGUAUUCAAAACCGUUCGCUUGCCGAUUAUUAUGGAAUAACACGCGAUCCAACAGGUAGUUAUGCGUUUGUCAUGAGAUUUUAUGAAAACGGAAAUCUUUACCAAUACCUUGAUUAUGCUAUGGGAACCCUCUGUUGGAGAGACAUCGUCGACAUGCUUUGGGGAAUAUCUAGUGGGUUGGAACAAAUUCAUAAAUACAAUCUUUAUCAUGGAAACCUUCACUGCGGAAACUUGUUAGUUGAAAAUGAAGCUGAGUCUAUUGACACAAGAAUUUCUGACGUAGCCAUAUGCGACGAUCCAAAUCCGUCACUGCUUUCCGAACAAUUUGACGCAGCUGAGGAGAAAAAAUUUGCAGAUCUAGAAAGUAAUUCAUUCACUCGCCCGGAAAUUCAUCCGCAAGCAAUAUACACCAGUCAACCGUUGAACUUCAAAUUAUCGUUCGAUGCGUAA